CAUCAUCUAUACCUUGCAAAUUAUACUGCUGAACGACCGAGUCCUUCUUGUAUAGCAUUGUACGCACCUCGCCCGCCCGCUCGAGUCCACGACCGGCCUUCGAAAUUCCGACGCCGUCCAACUGCUGAGUCACCAUCGAGCACCUUUUCAACCCUGCAGCUGCUUGUGCGCGAUAGAGGAGGGGCCUUUGAUUCGCAUUUGGAUCGGGAUACUGGAAGUGAAGAGCAGGCAGAUGGAAUAUGGCUACGACUGCCGACUUAGCUGCGCAUAGCUAUCACAGAUCUCUAUCACUCUCGCCAGGCCGCUCUCCAGACCAGGCAUCAUCCGUCUACCCUGACCGAGCUAUUCGUCCUUUGCCUCGAAGCCGACUGCGGUCCAAGCUGUCGCCAGAACAGGUCUCUUCGCUGGUAUUUCCGCCCAGUCCACCACCCAUAUCGCCUACCCUCAGCUUCAGCGUGCAAGAGACUGGCACACCGGCACAGCAGCCCCGAUUGACGAACGGCGACGUUCAUCACCACCAUCACCAUCACGACCACGACCACGACCACGAUCAUGACCAUGAUGAACAUGAUCACGACCAUCACCAUCACCAUCACACGGUGCACCAUGACCACUGCACAUGCGAUCAUGACGGAGACAGCGGUGACGACGAGGUAGAGUUUGAUCAUCCCGACUACCGCUAUGCUACUGCGCCGAUGCCUAAUGGGGGAGGACUGAAGCCCGAUUCUCUUCAGCGAAGAUUAGUGGAAGCCUCACGAGCUGCCAACAAGCCGCCUCCGCCCGGCUCAACAGGUUCUUCAGGAGAUGGAUAUGAGAGCUUUGAGAACACCAGCAACAAAAAGAAGCGGAAGAUACCUCUGUCAUCAGCCUCGAGCAUGCAUCAAAGUCAGUUGAGCGCGGAGCUUGCAAACAUGGGCAUUAGCAGUUCACGGGUGGAAGCGGAUGAAGAAGCCGUGCAUGCAACACAGCAACAGCAUUACGAUCCUCAUGCAUCGCCUUCGGCCGGCUCAGGGACAGGAAUCAGUGGCGCAGGACGAGGUCGAUAUGGGCGACAAGAUGGCAGAAACCGACGACCUUUGGGAAGCAGUACCAUGAACACUAUCAAUGGCUAUCAUUCGCGCGCUUCGCCACGCGGCAGCGAUGCAAGGAACGGAGAAGACCCCGGCGUAGAAAACACCGGCGGAAUCAUCUCCCAGGCCAUCAAAACUGCUGCCGAACAAGGCCCGUUGACACCAGCAGCCAAGGGUCGCGAGAAUGUGAGCUUGCAUCCAUCUGCACCUCACCACGCCAUUAGCUCAUCAACGCCCCAAUCACAGUUCACGUUUACAUGCGAGUCCGACUCUGCCACGAAAAUGCUCGACCAGCAGGGCCAGUACCUCGCCGGUACGCCCACGCCGGCGAGGUCGAUGCCACAGAACACGCACGGCACACAGACAUCACCACCUCUGCGCGGCCAGCACCCUCCCAUCAACGCCCAGCGCCCUCCUCCACCGCCUGCAAACAAUGCACCACCCGCGGCUCAUCCCCAACAGCAGCAAGCACCGCCGCCCAAGCCCCGACCUCGUCGAAAUCCCGCCAAAGAGUACGCGAUGCAGGCAGCGCAACGCAAGAAGAAUCAACAAUACCAAAACUACCACCACCGCCCCAAGCCCGAUGACAUGUGGAUAUGCGAGUUCUGUGAAUACGAAGACAUUUACGGAGUGCCACCAUACGCGCUGAUUCGUGCAUACGAGAUCAAAGAUCGGAAGGAACGCAAAAAGGCGGAGGAGAAGCGUAGGCUGCUGGAAAAGGCAAAGAUGAAGGGACGUAAGAACAAGAAGGGCGCAGGCAAGGGCGGCAAGAACAAUGUCAACAAUGCUUCAGCGCCUGCACCUCCUUCACACCCACAGAACUACGAUCCCAACCUACCGCCGCCCGAGGACGAAGAGUACUAUGAUGACGAAGACUACGCCGAAGACGAUUACGAACCAAUUGGACCGGAUGAUCAAUACCCGCAGGAAUACCCUCCUCCAGCGCCGGCUAGCACGCCCGCGUCCAUCGCAGCUGGUGGCGGCGCCAGACCCCAGCAUCAUGUAUAGCUUACCGCGGGCAUAGCGGCGCUGGCCUUGGCUGCGUUCCAGCAACUACUCGCUCCUCACGACUCCCGCCUGAUACAAAACACAACCCUAGCCCUAUUGCUCCUCUUCAUUUACAGUCUUGGCUAUGAUGACUUGAGCAAGGAAAGAGCCAGCCGUCUUGGGCGGUCUGAAGUCAACGAGCGAAGGAGAGACAUUGGAACAAUGCUUGGAUAAAUGGCUGAAGCCUCAGUUGCCCGCGGAAGAUCUUGUACAUAUGGUGAGAUCAGGUCCUCUUGUUCUGAGAUUUGUCGGGCGUUGGCAGGCGCGAGAUUGUAUUCGGUUAUUGGCUUUCUUGUAUUGUGUUUCGAUAAGCCGGCAUUGCACACAUUUCCCUGGCGUUCUAUACCUCCGCUCUGCAUAUAAACAGAAGAUUCAGACAUUGAAUGAGAAGGAGUGCGCAUGCUGCAAUGUGUCAAGAGUGUCCCAUCGUGCCGUUUGCAGUAUGAUCACAAUCGAUCUGCUCAUGACUGGCGAGACUCCCCAGCAAAGCACAGCUGCCAUUGUCUGAAAGGCGAGAAAUUCUUCCUACAUGUUUCUGGC